ACCAACACACCUGGGGCAGCACUGGGACUUGCUAAAGGACGUUUCCCGAAGUUUAUUGCUGUGGGGGGUACACUCCUUGUCAUGGUCACGUUCCGCGUCCCAAGGCAGAUCAGAGAUGGAGGGUUAUGCAGCCAGUCUGAGAGUCACCGUUGAGUUGGACCUCCCUACUCCGCCGCCUCUUUGGCGACGCUCCCUAGCACUAAAGCCCGCCCCCUGGGAGCGCCCCGUCGCACUUCCGCUCUGACUUCCUGUCGGCAAGAUGGCGGAAGAGCCGAAGGUCCUGCCGCUGCUUCCCCCCACCGCUGCGGCAGGCGGCGAAGGGCUCCCAGAGGUUUCCCCGGAAUCGGCCACCCCGGAACCCCCUUCUUCUGCAGCGGUCUCUCCAGGGACGGAGGAGCCUGUGGGAGACGCCAAGAAAAAGAUUGACAUCCUGCUGAAGGCUGUGGGCGACACCCCUAUAAUGAAAACCAAGAAGUGGGCUGUAGAGAGAACCCGAACCAUCCAGGGCCUCAUUGACUUCAUCAAAAAAUUUCUCAAACUCAUGGCUUCAGAGCAGCUGUUUAUUUAUGUGAAUCAAUCCUUUGCUCCUUCCCCAGACCAGGAAGUUGGAACCCUGUAUGAGUGUUUCGGCAGUGACGGUAAACUGGUUCUGCAUUACUGCAAGUCUCAGGCAUGGGGGUGAGCCACAGGGAAAAGCCACCUGCUGCAUCUUGAGGGGGUCUUCAGAGGAAGUGGUUCCAAUAAGUUCUGAGACACCAAAUGGAUAUGAAGCACCCAGCAUGCAUCUGCUGUGAUUCCUGCUCAGACACAAGUAAGCCUCCAGAGAGUGGAUGGACUCCCAGUUGCAAUUGUAUACUGGUGCACUUAUCCCAAAGGACUGGCUCUCCAGCAAGCCCAGCCUCCCGCCCGUUACUACUGCUGAUUCAGAGCUGCCUCGGGUUAAAUACAAGCUGGAAACUGUAGAAGUGUCGUGUCAGUGUUCAAAAUGACUGAGAUUGUUUACUUGUACCAUUAGUAUUCUACUGGGGCUUUUGUUGUUGUUGUUGUUCAUAGUAAAAGUUUGUUCACUAAAGAGUUAGUUGG